AAAGCCUUUAAAAUAAAAAUAAUAUCGGAACCGCAUAAAGGAACCCUAAAGGAUAUAAGUAUUUUAACUUUUAAAAAGCCGGUUAUUUGCUUUAAAUGCGGGCAGCUAAGCUAUAUUGCUAUAGCAUGCAAAAUACGAACGGAUAACCCAAAAACCUUAUUGGCCCCAACGACCAUACAAAAGGUAAAAGGGAAAAGGCCCGAAGUACGGUAUUACGGGUAUGGAAAGUUAAGCCAUAUCCGGCCGGCGUGCCCCAAAAAAAGCAAAAUAUCGCUACCCAAUUCGAUACCGCUAUUUGGCCGUUUAAACAUUAAGGCUUAA